AUGGCAACCAAGUUUGAAGAGACACUCAAUAUGGACCAAUGGACUCCAGACCAUCUGUCCUGGGUGCACUAUACUCAAGCUGCUCAAAGUUGGGAGUUUCAACAUGCACUUGACCAUCUGAAAAGCCUUGUCAUUCAAAGACUUUUCAAAAUGGAACAAAUGAAUGCCCAUGGCAUGAACUACAAAAUGAGAACUUCCAUUGCCAAAGCUCUGCAAUCUGGGAGCACAGCCAUCCAGACUGCUCUCGCCAACUACAACCAUCUGGCUGCUACCAUCACUCCUGCAUGA